UGAGGUUAAAGUCAGAAAUAAUUCUGAAAUGUUCUUUGAAAUGAAUGAAAAUUUUUCGAAAACUUUUCACGAUAUCGAAGUUCAAUAUGCGGCAAAAAUACAAGAAAACUUCAAUGAAACCCAAAAAAUUGUAUCGACAUUGGAAAUUUCUGUAAAUGAACGUAUGAACAACAAAAUUAAAAAAAUCGAAAUGCACUUAAUUGAGACCAAUAAUCUGACCGUUUAUUUGAAUGAAACCUUGCUGAAAAUUGAGGACAAUCUCACCGCAUCAUCGGAACACGGACUGCAGUUUUGCAUGAAAACGACUGACAAAAUGAGAGAGACAUUAAAUGAGAUAAUUCAAAAUAUAACAACUGCAGAUGAUUCAAUGUCCGAAACGUUUAGAAACAUAAAACGUAGAAUUAGUUUGUUGGAAUCGGAUACUCUGGCACGGCAGAUUAUUGGUAUCAAUUCUUUAACAGGAAACGUUUCGAAUUUGCAAACAUCGCUUCAGAAUAUCCAACAGACGGCUUCAGAGUGUAGUUCAAGACUAAGUGCCAUGGAAACACAACAGAGUUCUUACAAAAUAUCAAUGAAUUCUCUAUCAAAUGGCUUGAAAUCAUUCAUUCGGGUACGGAUCACCAGUGGUGGAGCUAACUACGGUCGAGUUGAAGUGUACUAUGAUGGAUCCUGGGGCACAGUUUGUGACGACGCCUGGGACAACAAUGAUGCACGAGUUGUCUGUAGGAUGCUAGGUCGCAGCGGGGGAACUGCAGUUAGUUCAGCGCAGUAUGGUGCAGGAAGUGGUCAGAUAUGGCUUGAUGAUGUCAAUUGUAGUGGAACGGAAUCAUCCCUGAUGGAAUGUUUAAAACCACCGUUUGGUAUGCAUAACUGUGGUCAUAGCGAGGAUGCGGGUGUAUCGUGCAAUUAACUUUGU